AUGGACCAUGAAACCAGCUCUGCGGAAACCCGAUCGAUUGAGACCAACAGCGAGAUAGACGAUACUUCAUCAAGUAUCUCUCAUAACAGUGAGGCGGAUGAGUUUAUGCGGACAUAUCCCUCUAGUGGAGAUGAAGCGGCAAUGCAGGAGGUAAACCUUAUUAAUGUGAUGUACUCAACAUCUCAGAGCUGGGGGCGUCGGGUUCCAAUGCCCCACCACAAUAUAGGUCUACGGGGGGACCAAUAUAUUCAAGCGGUGUUGAAUGGAAACCCGGCGAGUUGCAAAGAGAUGUUUCGAAUGGAAGUACCUGCAUUCCGGUAUGUAUGCGACCUGCUACGGGGGUCAUUAAUUAUGGACCCUACAGAGAGGGUCUCAGUGGAGGAAUCAUUAGGCAUUUUUUGCCUACUCGUUGGCCAUGCACAGGGCCAACGCAUCGUAGGGGACCGUUUCCAACAUUCUAGCGAAACUAUUAACCGACACGUUGUGACGGUGAUGCGCUCGCUACAUGAGCUAGGCCGGACCGUGAUUAGGCCGACACACACUCAUGGGGUCCAUCCGUACACUGCGGGAAACCAUCAUAAUUAUCCAUGGUUUGAGAAAUGUCUUGGUGCGUUGGACGGCACAAUGAUAUCAGCUUCUGCACCAGCUCGUAGGGCCAACGCAUAUAGAAAUCGUUAUAAUCGGAUUGCACAAAAUGUGUUAUGCUUAUGUGACUUUGAUAUGAAGUUCACGUAUGUGUAUACUGGAUGGGAAGGCACAGCCCAUGAUGCACGAGUUUUUCUGGAUGCCCUUAGUCGAGCUCGGAAUGGAUUCCCAUGGCCAGAUCCAGGAUAUUAUUAUCUCGUCGAUUCCGCAUUUCCUUGUAUUGAGAAGUUUAUGCCGCCAUAUCCACGAGAGAGGUAUCAUCGAUCUGAUCGUUAUGGUGCCCGCCAGUUCCGGGGUUAUAAAGAUUAUUUUAACUUUCGUCAUUCCUCGCUGUGCAAUGUUAUUGAGUGCACAUUCGCGCUUCUGAAGAACCGGUUUCAGAUAUUGGAAGCGAUGCCUCGAUAUCGCCCAAGUAGGCAAGGGAUGAUUGUGACUGCAUGUUGUACUCUGCACAACCUGAUUAAGACGGUGACGCCGAAUGAUGAAUACAUUCAGCAUGCAUUGGGGCUUCAGUUCAAUGGAGGAAAUAUGCCUGAGGGAGAGGAUGUGGACGAGACGGAAGAAGUGGUAGACAUGUCUCAUGAGUCAGCCGGAGCGAUGGCUGCACAGAGGGAUGGGAUUGGGAUUCCUAUGUGGGCUUACCGGAAUGGGGGAUGA